AGGAAAACACAGCGUUUAGCAUUGAUAUCAGACCGUUGAUAUUCGCUUUUUCAAAUCGGAUUUUGGAUAUUUUAUCAAUCUAUUGCAGAAGUAGGCAUAUCAUAGCAGACAUAUCAGAGAAUCGAAUUUUGCUGGUGAUAUUGCUUGGAUUUGCUUGGAUUUUUGGAUAAGUGCCUGUCAAUUGUGAUCCAUUGCGAUCCAUUGAGAAAAUGGCAUUACUGAGCAAACUUGUUGGGUUCUUCAGCUUCUUCUUGUCAAGACAGAGCAGUGAUGGCGAAGGAUGUAGCAGCAUUCAGGAGGAGCCCAUCCAGAGACCUCCAGAAGAUACAGACAUCAAGGAGGAGAUGGACUCUGAGGACCGUCUUGUUGAGCUGGAAAUAUCACCAGAUUUCUCCAGUGCGGCAGAACCACUGAUGGUUCCAGUGGAGGAGACUGAAUCCCAAACUCCACAUGGAGUGGAAAUAUUUCCACGUUCCUGCACCGUGGCAAAGCCAUCGUUGAUCCAGGUGGCUCCACUACACUCUCUACCUUGGUUCUUGGUUCAAGAGGCACAUGCUGAGGAGGAAAUACUGCCAUUUGUAUCCACUGUGGCAGAACCAUUGAUGGCUCAGUUCGAAGAUCCUGAAAAGGAAUUGCCAAGCUUCUUCACUGAAGUGGCAGAACCACCGAUGGUCCAGGAAGCACCUUGGCAUCUCACUCCACCUUCUGAGGAGGAAAAAUCUUUCUGCACUGUGGCAGAAACACUGAUGGUCCAGAUGGCACGAGCUGAGCUGGAGCAAGAGCAUCCACCUCAAAGGAGAAAGAAAGAGAGACAGACAUACUCUUACACCAUAAAACUUCCAGGUGCAUCUCCACCACCAACGCCAAAACAUGCUUGGAUUGAUGUCAGUCCUGCAGAAGAUACCAAAGCUGGGGGAGAUAUGAUAAAAGAGAAGAGAGAGUUUGAAGAUGAAACUCUUGUAAUGGAAAUGGAGAGUGUAGAAAUUGUGGACGUGGAUCUGAGACAAGAAAGGAGAAUGAAAAAGGAGCGAAAGAUUGCUUCGAUAGGGAUGGAUGGAGACAGUGCAAAAGCCACACAUACAAAAACAAGACAAGAUGAAAAGAGAAGGCCUGAAAGACGAGCAAAGGUAGAAGAUAGAAAGACAGAGCAGGCUUCAGCUAUUACUCCGGCAAAGGGGGAAAAGACACACGUACAGGAGCUUGAAAGCAGCAGCAAAAUCAGCCAGAAGUCCAGCAGAAAGCAGAAUGCACUUCUUCUCAUUUGUGAAAUGUUACAGAAAAAGGUCACUGCAUUGAGAGAGAAGAAGAAGAUCAGAAGAGAGGAGAAAAAAAAGGCAGUUACUGUACGAAAGAUACGUCAAUGAUCCAGCCAUGAAACACCUGCUUAUCAACAAACACAAGUCGUGUGGCUGCAUGUGCAACAAGAACAUAUGCAAUGGAAAACAUUUAAAGCAAAUAAAACAUAUUUUUAAUAUGU